AUGGCUGAACAUCUCCGACAAUCCAACUCUCGCAUGAGCUCUGCUGCGGGAUCUCCAAGUCGUCCCUCUCCCCUCUCGCGUCCACACUGGCCUUGGUCCACAUACACCCAUAGAUCUUCUUCCUCAUCUGUCUUCUCCACUAGCAGCUCUUCUCUCGCUUCACAGAGUAUGUCCGACUCGAGACACUCUGCCGCCAGUACUGUCUUACUUCCCGUUGCCACCGCUGCUAAAGGUGGCCCAGGCAUCCCGGACAACGCUGCUAAUGAGGAAUCGACGACGAGGCAAUGGUCUUUUGCAGCAUUUGAGUGGGUUGUGCGGGACGUACAUAGACUGAGAGACUUCGUUGAAGGUCCUGAAACAACGGACGCUUCAGAUACCACUCCAGAGAAUCAAACUGAAUCAGAAGGCGGUCCCGAGGCCGAUGAUUUUGAGAUCCUAAGAGAGUCGCCCAUGCUCGGAGACAGCAAGUUCAAACUUGAGAUAGCUAAAACUAUACAUUUCCAACAGACGGAUCGAUCCACAACACCAGUGAUUAAGACUGGACCUCAAACAUUAUCGGUGUAUAUCACUUCGCUCAUGGUCGACUUUGCGCAUGCGGACUACGAAAUGUGCACGUCCAUGUUUGCAGCAAUCAAGUGUCAGGAUGACCGAAUAGGUGAGCGCGGAGCCCGAGCUCAAUGGGUUUGGGAAUACUGGCAGAAUGGCUGGGUUUUCCGGCAAGAGAGCGAAGUAUGGGCAUGUCCACUACCCUCACUAUCAUCUCUAUUGGAAAACCCAAGAAUCAGGGAGACAGACUCCUUCGUUAUAUGCGUUCAAAUUCACUCGCCAAUAGGCCCUUUCUUCCCUCAACAGCCUUCCGCCUACUAUGUUCCUCGGGAUCUCCUUGACGGUCUGGAGGCAUCUCUGGACAAUCCAAACACUGGUGAUGUCCAAUUCAUAUGCCUCGAACGUCGGGAUGCCCAUCAGGAACUGUCAGACUCGACCUCGCUCUCACCCAUUACAGCGACGCCUAUGGCCAGUCCCUCUUCCUCGUCCUCGCAGUCGUUCACGCCCCAAACGGUCGCCCGCAAGCGCAUCAUCUACGCCCACGCCGACAUUCUCACCCGCCGAUCGGAGUACUUCACGACAAUGUUCAGUUCUUCUUUUGCGGAGGUACCGGGGAUACACUAUCCUGGUGGGCGCAAAAUAUACACCGUGACCGUUGAGGAAGCCGAUUUCGUCACGAUAUACUGGUUGCUGAAGUGGGUGUAUGCGAACUGGCUACUGUUCAGGAAGGAGGACGAUCCGAGGGAAGCAGUAAACGGUAUGGGUGCGGGUUGGAGCGCACGGGGCUUCGGCAUACGCGGCGCAGCCGACGAAUGGGAGUGGAAGGCAUUCUCGAAGAACAUAUCUACCGAAGGCCACACUCCAGGUGGUGUCAGCGAUGCGCGGAGUGUAACAAGCGCUGAAAGCGCCGUAUCGGGCAGUGCCACUUCGAAGGACAAGGGAAAGUACGUCCCAGACCAGAGCCAAGCCGUGGCAGCGACAACUACCCGGAUCGCGUCCACCUCCAAGGCUGUACCGCCGCCUCCCUCGCCUUCUCGUCCGUCUACGACCAACGCGCGUCGCCCUUCAGUACCCGCCUCAACAAACACGUCUGGACUUACAGUCCCCAAUGUGCCGGGAUCCGCUGCAUCUCGCGGAACCAAGCCCGUCCCUGUCCCCAUUUCGCCCUCGAAGGCCAACUACACCGCUCCGCCACGUUACCCCCUCUCUCCGCACCAGCAGCGCCAGCGCUCGCACCCGUCGGCGCCGUCGACGGAUCCGCAUCCGCAUCCUACGGCCCCGCCGCCCCCGGCGUCCGCGCUGUCGAUGUACCAGAUUGCGCACCGGUACGCGAUGCCCGGCCUCGCUUCGCUCGCGCUAGAGCAUAUCCUAUCGACGAUCACACCGCAAGCGGGCUUCCCGGUACUUCUCGCGACGUCGGCGUGGGAGGAGCUGCAUUCUCUCGUUGAGGACUAUGUCGUUGAAAAGUGGGAUGAGGUCUCGGUUUCGGACGAGUUUGAACGCUGCUGCCAGGAGGUGGCUGCUGGAGAGUGGGGCCCUGAAGGUGGAACGACACUCAUGGCUCUCUUUAGACGAUUGCGGUCCCCGAAUGCGAUGGCCUACGCCAGAAACUGA